AGACUCUGACAGUUCCAGAACCACAGGACGGGGAUGCGUCCUGACGGGAUCACAAACACAGAGAUGUCCCAUGACGUCACCGUCAAACCGGACGGGGGGAGGGCGGGGGCGCGCUCGUGCGCGGCAGCUGCAGAGAGGAGCGCGCGGCGCUCCAGAGGACGCAGGAUGAAGACCAUGCCGGCCUCCUGGAAGCUGCUCCUGCUCCCGACGCUCCUCCUCAUGACCUCCUGCGGACGCACCGACACAAAGACACUGGAUCCAACCCAGACGCCUCCGGCAUCAGUCCCUCCUCUGGCAGACCUAAAGAGGGAAGUUGUCCUUAAAAGUGAGAAUGUCACUGAAAACAUUGAGCUGCGGCAGCUGGUCAGAUUAUUCCUGGAGUGUUCCCUGACUGCCGAUCAAAACAAACUUCCAAACAUGACCGCUUUCUGGAGCCGAGACGGACAGGAAAUUCCCGACAGCCGUCUGACGGUGGCGCUCGAAAAGGAACAGUACGGCAUCCAACGACUGUUCAAUAUCACCAGUGAGGAAAAGGUGGGAACAUACUCGUGUGUGUUUGAGAAUAAAGUCCGAGCAGACUUUGUUUUGGCCACUCCACGCUUCCGCGAGAAACGAGAUAAGCCCGUGGUCAGCUACGUGCACGAUUUCGUGGUGCUGCCAUGCAAGAUGGAAGGUAGCGAGAACGAAUCCCUCACCUGGCUCUGGUUUAAGGGGAAUGAAACCCACAAGGAGCGAAUCUCUGCUCAGCCGGAUCGCUUCGAGAUCCGCAGCCAAAACCUGACCAGCAGACUCAAGUUGAUCAACCUGACCUUCGCCGAUGCCGGCUUUUACUACUGCGCCGCCGUGUACGCCGUCGGUUCCACAAUGAACCCCAUAAAGCUGAAGGUGAUCACCUUCUGGGAGCCUCUGAAGCCCUUCAUAGCCAUCCUGAUCGCGGUGGUGCUUUUGGUCGUCGUCAUUUUUCUCUGCGAAAAACAGCAGUCCAAGAAAAAAGUGACAGAAGGAAAUGAAGAGAAUGUCGACCAAAACAACAUUAAGCUGCAGGAAGAAGAAAAGGGAGCAGAAGAGGGUUCUUCAAUGAGGCAUCGCAAAGUUUAAAAGCUGAUUUCAAACAGAUUGCAGCAGAUUCCGUGUCUGACCUGAAGAGGCUCAAAGCAAAAACUGUAGGAAUGACUGUCUUCACACCAAAGCAUAGCAGCAGCAGACACUCUUUACUCAUCAGCUUCACUCUUCAUAUGUUAGUCACGCACAUCCUGAGAGGAAACCACUUCUUACUUCCUGUGUUUGGGCACCUGAGCGUGCACACCUCCACUUUAGGAACCGUGCAAAAUUCAAAGCAUCUUCCAGCUUCUGGAUGCCUUUAAUGGUUUGCUUGCAGUGCCUUAAAAUCCAAAAUCCUCUGACACUUUUGAACUCGUCCUGCUUUUCAACACACUGUGUUCCCCUCAACAUCAGAUCCACACAUAUCCAUCCUGUAAUAUGCAAAUAUUUCACAGUUUCACUGAAUCCUCAUCUAGAACAGAUGCUUAACUUAACAAAAAAUAACAUGUAUUUCAUGAGUGCAGCAAUAAACAGGAGUUCAGUUUACCCAGAAAUCCAAUAAAACGUGAUUUGACCUGAA